AAAACACUUUAGUCUCCACCGAAGCGUCAGAGCUGUCCUGUCUCUCAGCUCUACCACUGUAUUCAGAGUCCUGGAAAAACAGUGUUGAGCAGCAGACACUGAUGAGCUAAAGCCCAACGAUAAAGAAAAAAAAGAGAGAGCAAAGGAAAGAAGGAAGGGAAAAAAGGAGGAAACCCAUCAACAGUCAAACCCAGUAACUUGUUUCAGUUCAUUCAUCUUUUUCUUCCUCCCAGUUCCAGGAAGUGAGGACUGUGAAGAUUGGUCUCUCCACGUUUGGGCCCGAGGACAUGGCGCGGAGAUUCCCAGGAAUUCCUCCCAUCUGGUUUGCCAACGUGGGGAUUCUCCUCCUGAUUCCCGCUCUCCCGACGGCCACUGGACAGGGAGCCCCAAGACGGCAGGAACCGGGGGACUUUGUCAAACAAGAGAUUGGAGGACUGUCUCCAAAGCAUGGACCAGAUAUUGCUGACGACAGCACCGACAACAUCACCAUCUUCACCCGGAUCUUGGACCGGCUGCUGGAUGGAUACGACAACCGGCUAAGACCUGGGCUUGGAGACACCGUCACCGAAGUCAAGACAGACAUCUACGUGACGAGUUUCGGCCCCGUCUCGGACACAGACAUGGAGUACACCAUCGAUGUGUUUUUCCGGCAGACUUGGCACGACGAACGCCUUAAAUUUGACGGCCCCAUGAAGAUCCUGCCACUCAACAAUUUGCUGGCAAGUAAGAUCUGGACGCCUGAUACUUUCUUCCACAAUGGGAAGAAGUCAGUGGCUCACAACAUGACCACCCCCAACAAGCUGUUACGUCUGGUGGACAACGGGACCCUUCUGUACACCAUGAGAUUAACCAUUCAUGCCGAGUGUCCCAUGCACCUGGAGGAUUUCCCCAUGGACGUGCAUGCUUGCCCGCUGAAGUUCGGUAGCUAUGCUUACACAAAGACUGAAGUGAUCUAUUCCUGGACCCUUGGAAAGAACAAAUCCGUAGAAGUGGCCCAGGAUGGCUCUCGCCUGAACCAGUAUGACCUUUUGGGCCAUGUGGUGGGGACUGAGAUCAUCAGAUCUAGUACAGGGGAAUAUGUCGUCAUGACGACCUACUUCCACCUCAAGAGGAAGAUUGGAUACUUUGUAAUCCAGACAUACCUACCCUGCAUCAUGACUGUCAUCCUAUCCCAGGUUUCCUUCUGGCUCAACCGGGAAUCUGUCCCUGCCCGCACAGUCUUUGGUGUCACCACGGUCCUCACCAUGACCACGCUGAGCAUCAGCGCCAGAAACUCUUUACCUAAGGUGGCAUACGCGACGGCCAUGGACUGGUUCAUAGCCGUCUGUUAUGCCUUCGUGUUUUCUGCGCUGAUUGAAUUUGCCACGGUCAACUACUUCACCAAACGCAGCUGGGCCUGGGAUGGCAAGAAGGUGCUGGAGGCCCAGGAGAUGAAGAAAAAGGAGCCAGUGGCUCUGGCGAAGAAAACCAACAACAGUUAUAACAUCGUGGGCACAACCUAUGCCCUCAAUAUCGCCAAAGACCCCGGGCUCUCCACCAUCUCCAAGAGCGCCACCCCCACCGUCGCGGCCACUGCCACGCCCGCUUCCCCCCAAAAUACCCCCCACGUUGAGGAGAAGCCCCCUGAAAACAAGAAGACCUACAACAGCGUCAGCAAGGUGGAUAAAAUCUCCCGCAUCAUCUUCCCUGUUCUCUUCGCUAUAUUCAACUGGUCUACUGGGCCAACAUACGUAAACCGGGAGUCAGCAAUCAAGGGCAUGAUCCGCAAGCAAUAGAGGACCCCCUCAGCAGCGACGCAAACAAGCCUUCCACCUCCCAGUAGCAUCCGGGGCAGGCAGGAAUUCUCCAGGUUUCGCCUUCAUUUCUUUCCCAACCAAGGACGUUAUGUGUUUUAUUUCUGAGAGCUCUCGACUAGGCUAGACACUGAUUUUAUUUUGGGGACGUCCAUCUCAAAAAACAAACAAAAUCACCACAGUGGGAAGAUGUGCCUCUGACGUGGCGAGUCACCCAUCCAGCCCCACCUCCACAGCCCCUGAACAUCUUUCCAUCGGACCCUCUGAGUGAGAGCCACUAGCAUGCAUGGAUCCUGCGGAGGGCCUGCGUGUGUGUUUAUGUGUGUCUGCGUGUGUGAGUGUGUGCGUGUACCUCCCUUCCAUCCCAGGAUGGACAACCUGACCACUCUUGGGGCCCCAAGGCGAGGAAGGAGCCCCCAGGGUUGGGGGGACAACCAGCUGCAUUCCCAUUGGGUGAGGCAGUUGGUGACCCAUGGCUGCCCUCAUCCUCACCCUGUUUCUCUCCUCUUCUGACCACCCCUCCAUGCAGCAGGUGUCACAGGUUAGCAGAGAGCUUUUGAUUCCCGGAAGCAGAGGGCUAGCGCUUUCUCUAAAUGGCCACUGUCCAAAUGGCUAAGCAGCCUGGCUGUGUUCAGUGGCUUGGACAGUUCAUCAUCACAUGGGGGACUGUACACACCCGACUAUGCUACAGUACUGGUUGAUGUCAGACCUGGCACGGAGGGCCGGCCGUGCCUCCCUGGCCUCAAUCCACCUCCCUUCUGCUUCACCGAGCCCUCAGGAAGAACACAGCCUUCUCUUGGAUGACCUCCAGUCGCUGCUGCAUCGGUCGCCUGCACAACCCUGCACGUCCAGGAGCUGAAGAAGGGCCGCCCAGGAGGGCUCCCUGCUUUAGUCUGUCUCAUUGCCCCCGCCGCCCCGCGCGUGAACUCUCCAGAGGAAGAGGAUCAAGCACUUUUUAUACAUAAAAAAGAAAUCAGGAAAAAGAGAAAAGACAAAAUACUGUGGAUGAAAGAAAGAUCAAAGUCAAAUGCCCUGCCAAGAUGAGAAAGCAGAGGAAGGCAGAAGACCCUGGAGGAGGUGGGAGGGAGUGGUUGAGCAGUGGAG